UUCGCCUAACUCUCAUUCAUUCGCACUCAGGAAACUGACCACACUGGACCUGUUUUGAAGCGAGUUUCGACGCUGAACAAGUGAGAGUGUGCGAAGUUUAGACAUUUUCUAUACGAAAUAGUAAUUUGCCCAUACAGUGUUUGUUUACUUAUUGAUGUGCAGAAACGUUUUGCGAUUACGGUUGGAUUGCUACUGAAGACGCACGAGCCGUCAGUGCGGGUGAAAAAAAAACAAGCAAAUGAAAUCUGGUAAACUAGUAGUGCAUAAUCUGAUUUGGUGGUUGACAUAACGCGGAAGUGAACCAGAUUAGUCGGCAAUUAUUUAUUAUUAUUCAGAGUGCAAGCGCACACAUUGGAACAGCAUUUGUUUAUGCGAAUCGCCAGACCUUCAGUGAUAAGAUAAAAUCACCUGUCUAGUGACAGAACAGGAGUCAGACAAGAAAGUAAACAUUUCUAGUUGGUGUUAUUUUUUCGUGCAACGUCGACAAUACAAUCUCGUCGGCGGUGUCAGGUAAAACUAGUUUCUGGAGAACGUGCCUUCCGCAACGUUUCGUUUCGCGCUCCAGUCUCAAAUUCUUCAGAUAUCGAAAGACGUAAGCAGACCGACAUGACGGAGGCAGUCUACAUUGGCGGCGUUGAAGGUGGUGCAACACACUCGAAGCUGGUAAUCUUCGACCAGACCGGAAAAGUGGUAGCCUCAACGAAGGGCCCCGGCACCAACCACUGGAUGGUAGGCAUUCCGGAGGUUUCCAAACGAAUCGACACAAUGACACGUGAUGCUAAAGCUCAGGCCCAUAUUCCCGAGGAGCACAAGUUGGCCGCGAUGGGACUGUGCCUAAGUGGUGCUGAACAGGAUGCCACCAACAAGGAGCUGGAGAACUACCUGCGGACACACUAUCCGAACGUUUCCGAACGAUACAUGAUAGGCAGUGACACAAUCGGUAGCAUCGCGACGGCAUCGAACGUUGGUGGAAUGGUGAUUAUUUCUGGUACGGGCUCCAAUACGUUGCUGAGAAAUCCGGACGGGAGUACUUACGGAUGUGGCGGAUGGGGACACAUGAUCGGUGACGAAGGUGGAGCCUGGUGGAUUUCGAAAAAGGCUAUUAAAACAGUGUUUGACCACGAAGACAACCUUCACCGCAGCAAGCUGUGUGUUGACCGGGUAUGGGAGCUUAUAAAGGAGCACUUUGGAGUUCAGUCACGUUUAGAUUUGCUGGACCACUGCUAUGCUAAGUUUUGCAAACCUACGUACUCCGGAUUGUGUGCAAAGCUUGCCAAAUGUGCUACCGUAGAGGGUGAUCCACUGUGUCGAAAACUGUUCGAAGAUGCUGGCCAGGAACUGGCCCGCUCUGUUUGUGCCUUAUCGCCUCGCAUCAGCCCGGCACUAAUCAGCCAGUGCGGAGAGGUUGACAUCGUUUGUGUCGGCUCGGUGUGGCUUAGUUGGGACCUGCUGGAACCAGGUUUUACGAAGGAAUUAGAAAGGGCCCAAUUUAAAUACGAUCUGAAGCUACUGAAGCUGACGAACACAAUGGCUCUGGGGGCAGCCUAUCUUGCGGCAGAUACAUUCGAUAUGGAAUUACCGAGAGAUUAUUCCGAAAACUAUGAGAUCUUCUACGGUCAUCGAGCUGUGCUCAACGGAAGCACGAAAGAAAACUCGAAUGGGACUAAUGGAACUGCUAACGUAAGCUCUAAAGACACCGCUAAUGGUAGCAGCAAUAGAAUUUCCAAAGGGACCCACGGUACUACAAAUGGGACUAGGACUUGAACGUUUUAAAAUGUUGAGCAACUGGAUUGUUACACCGAGAACUGAGAUUUUUUGUUUAGGCAACAUAUGUUAUUUGUUUAAAAAAAUGUAUUAGAAAAAUUAAAGGCACAAAAAUGGGCUAGUAUCAACAUAUACGAGUCAAUGUAUUUACACCUACAUAAAAUGAAAUAUUCAAUGUCAAACUA